UUAUUAUAUUUUUCAGAGUACUAUAAUCAAAGAUGUCAGGAAAAUCUCCAGCAAUUGGAAUUGAUCUUGGAACAACAUAUUCAUGUGUCGCUGUUUUCCAGCACGGGAAAGUAGAAAUAAUUGCCAAUGACCAGGGUAACAGAACAACUCCUAGUUAUGUUGCCUUCACGGAUACAGAGAGACUUGUUGGCGAUGCAGCAAAAAACCAAGUAGCACUGAAUGCUGAAAAUACUAUUUUCGAUGCCAAGAGACUGAUCGGAAGAAAUUUUACCGAUUCAGCCGUACAGUCCGACAUGAAGCAUUGGCCAUUCAAAGUGAUCAACAGUGGCGGUAAACCAAAACUACAAGCCGAACACAAAGGAGAAACAAAAACAUUUACACCAGAAGAAAUAAGUUCAAUGGUUUUAGUUAAAAUGAAAGAAACUGCUGAAGCGUAUCUGGGAAAGAGGAUAACAGAUGCUGUAAUCACGGUACCUGCAUACUUCAAUGAUUCCCAAAGACUAGCCACAAAGGAUGCUGGUUGUAUUGCAGGACUGAACGUACUGAGGAUUAUAAACGAGCCUACUGCUGCGGCUUUAGCUUAUGGUCUUGACAAGAAUCUAUCUGGUGACAAGAAUGUUCUAAUAUUUGAUUUGGGAGGAGGAACAUUUGAUGUCUCCAUUCUGUCGAUUGGUGAGGGUUCAUUGUUUGAGGUACGUUCCACGGCUGGAGACACUCAUCUUGGAGGAGAGGAUUUUGAUAACAGAAUUGUUAAACAUUUCAUUACUGAAUUUAAGAGGAAGCAUGGUAAAGACAUUUCUGGAAAUAAUCGUGCAAUUAGAAGAUUAUUAACUGCAUGUGAGAAAGCAAAAAGAACAUUGUCCAGCAGUACAGAGGCAAACGUGGAGAUUGACUCAUUGUUUGAGGGCAUGGACUUCUACACAAAAAUAACCAGAGCACGAUUUGAAGAUCUGUGCCAAGAUUUGUUCAGAAAGACCAUGGAGCCGGUCGAAAAAGCUUUGAGGGACGCAAAACUGGACAAGGGAAGUAUAAAUGAGGUCGUACUUGUUGGAGGCUCAACAAGGAUACCAAAAAUACAGAAAAUGUUGUCGGAAUUCAUGAAUGGAAAGGAAUUGAACAAAUCUGUCAAUCCUGACGAAGCUGUGGCCUAUGGUGCAGCCGUACAAGCAGCUAUCCUAUCAGGUGAUCGUAGUGACGUCAUCAAAGAUGUACUGUUAGUAGACGUGGCUCCACUGUCCCUCGGGAUCGAAACAGCCGGCGGUGUCAUGACAAAACUGAUUGAAAGGAAUACAAAGAUCCCUGCAAAAGCAUCCAACACAUUCACAACAUAUUCAGACAACCAGCCAGCAGUAAGCAUUCAAGUUUUUGAAGGUGAAAGAGCAAUGACCAAAGACAAUAACACUCUUGGAAAAUUCGACUUGACUGGCAUACCACCGGCUCCCCGCGGUGUACCUCAAAUCGACGUAGAGUUUAACAUUGAUGCAAAUGGACUUUUACACGUAUCGGCUAAAGACAAAAGUACAGGAAAUACAAAGCAAAUUACAAUUACCAAUGACAGAGGAAGGCUUAGCAAAGAAGACAUUGAUCGAAUGGUCUCCGAAGCAGAGAAAUACAAAGACGAAGAUGAAAAACAAAAACAGCGAGUUUCAUCAAGGAAUCAACUUGAGAACUACAUUUUCAGUGUUAAACAAGCGACCAAUGACUCUGGUGACAAGCUGACAUCUGAGGAAAAACAAACCGUAACAACAGCUUGUGAAGAAUCACUUAAAUGGUUAGAUCAAAACUCCUUAGCAGAGAAAGACGAAUACGACGACAAAAUGAAAGAACUUCAGAGAAUAUGUUCACCCGUCAUGACAAAACUUCAUGGAGGUGCUCACGGUGGACAGGCUGGUAGUUCAGGAGGACAACACGGGGGUCAGAACACAUCUGGUGGACCAACUGUGGAAGAAGUUGAUUAAGAAACAAAUACUUUUAUAAAUGACAUUGCUUAAAGUGAUUUUCGAGAUUGCUAGUCGUUAACAUAUAAUCAUGCAAAAGAAAAUGCAUUGGACUUUGAAUGGCAUUAACAUUGAAAAACAGAUGUACAUGUGUUAUCAUAAGUUUUAUUAUUUUUGUAGUUAAAUAGUACAAAGCCUUUUAAAAUACGGAGUUGUUUUGUAAGAGCUUUAAUCCUAAAAUAUUUAGUUGUACAUGUAGUGGCAUUAACAUUGAACAUAUUUAGUUAUCAUUUAGUUUUUCAGAAGAAAGAACUUUAAUUUAAUCCAUUAAGUUAUUUUGUUAUAAAAUUUGAAAAAUAUUUGGUUUUUCAGUAAUAAACUGUAUAAAACAUUUA